UGCCGGAAAGAUUCCUCCAUCACAAGAACAACUAAAGCCACCUUUUUCCCCUUCCAUCAAGAAUGGAACCCUAGCCACCACUCCCCUCCCAUGAAUCAUUCACAUUAAUUCCCAAUGGGGUGAAAUCUGGCUCUGCUUAUGUUCGAAUCCGGAGCUGAGAAGUCAUGGCAUUACCCUCGAUGGAGCAGCGUCAGUUCACUCUAGCGGAGAUCCGGUCCGCCACCGGAGAUUUCAGCCCAGAGAAUCUCAUUGGAGAAGGCGGCUUCGGAGAAGUCUUCAAAGCCGCCAUCGGCGACGGCACAAAGCUGGCGGCGGUGAAGCGCCUGAAGCGGCCGGCAAUCAACGAAAGGUUGGCCAGGCAGGGGUUCGCGAGGGAGAUCGAAGCGCUCACUCAACUCCGCCAUCGUCAUAUUGUCUCUCUUAUUGGCUACUGCAGCGAGCAGGGCGAGAUGAUUCUGGUUUAUGAGUACAUUGCCAAUGGAACCCUAGAAGAUCACCUUCAUGGAAAGGCCGGAGACAGGCACUCGCUGACGUGGACCGAGCGCCUCAGUAUCUGCAUUGGAGCGUGUCGCGGUUUGGAUUAUCUUCACAGUUCCUGCCCCGGCAACUCAAUCAUACAUGCUGAUGUGAAGAGCUCGAACAUCCUUCUCGAUGAAAAUUUAGUAGCUAAGGUUUCCGAUUUUGGGUCGGCCAAGCAAAUCAAUGCGGAUGUAUCCGAGAGUAGCAGUAGCACGGCUGAGAUGUACUCGCGCGGCUAUCUUGAUCCCCUUGCUGAUGCCACGGGGAGAUUUACUAUGGGUAGUGACGUAUAUUCGUUUGGUGUGGUGAUGUUGGAAGUAGUGAGUGAGAGAAGAGCUGAUAGCCGGCCUCAGAAUGACGACCUACUGUCCGUCUGGGCUGUUAAAAAAUUUCGUAAGGGAAAAGGUAGUGAGCUUGUAGCUUCGUCUUUGAGUGGAGAAAUCUCAAAACAAUGCCGAAGUUGUUUUUUGGGGAUCGUUGAAAGAUGCUUGCAGAGAGAAGCAGAGAAGCGGCCGACUAUUACUGAGGUUUUGGCCCUGCUUAUAACAGCCCUCGGGUUACAGCAGGAGAGGCCAGACCCAACGCGUUGGUUUUGGCAAUCGAAAGUAUCUCCAAAGGAAGUUAUAUCAUCCGCAGAUUUAGCACAAGACAAUGUGAUUCGAGAAGAUGAAUUAGAGCACCUCCCUGCCAUUCCGCUUGCUGAAUUUCAGGACAUAACUGGUGGUUUUAGUUCCAAGUUCUUGAUUGCUAAGAGAUCCACUGGAGUAAGUUUAUUCCGCGGGGUCCUCAAAACCGGACAGGAUGCUGCGAUUAAAAGGUUCAAGAAGAAGUUGUCGGAACAAGAAUUUAUAGCACAGGUAUCGAAAAUAUCUCGCCUGCAGCAUAAGAACGUGGUUCAGCCCCUUGGUUACUGCGUGAAUGGCGAUCAGCAGCUCUUAGCUUUCGAGUUUGCUCCAUACGGAUCCCUACAUGACAUUUUUCACGACAAAAAUUUGGAGUCAAGUACAGUUGUUCCAUGGGUACAAAGAAUCAAGAUUGCGGUUGGGGCUGCAAAAGGACUGGAGUACAUUCAUGAGAAUGGACUAAUUCAUCAUAGCAUCAAAUCUAGCAAUAUUUUACUUUUUGAAGAUGGAAAUGCUAAGAUAAGUGAUGUUAGUCUGUCAAUUCCAUGCCCUUGUAAGCCGGCUCGUGGUCAUAAACGUUAUCCUGAACAAGCUCCCUGUGGUUGUUGUUAUCAUCCCCCAGAAUGUGUAUUGACUAAUCGAACUCAAAAAGGCGAUGUGUACAGCUUUGGUGUGGUUCUCCUUGAAAUCUUGACAGGUCAGAAAGCCACACAGCCACUAGUACAACAGUUCCUUGCAAUAUUGCACGAGGCAACGGAAACACCAGUGCAAAGAGAAGAAGAGAUAAAGAAGGUUGUGGAUGAUAGACUUGGAUUUGGAAGAAAAUGCUCUGCCAGUGCAGUGUUAAUGAUGGCUGAAGUUGCUUUGUUGUGCCUUGCAAAGGAAGCUGAUUCUCGCCCUGACAUGAGCACUGUUUUAAUUCGUCUCGAGAGGGCUUCAUGGGAAACACAAGUUUAUGUACGAAAACAUGAGCAGCAGUAAUCUCAAGCUAAUAUUACCAAAUUAUCUCCUCAUAUUCCUGCCUUGCGAGAUGGAACCUGCCAACUGCCAAGCAAAGGAGGAGGAGAUUCUCCUACAUGUUUUGUUUAGAUAAAUGAUGUGUGUUGCCUUGUUUGUAUAGCUGGCUUUGGAUUAUUGUCUGUUUGUUGUGUAAUUAUGUUGACAUCUAACUUCUAGUAAUUUUCAGUGACUUUGGUUAGUGAAAGAUAGUAAGUAUUUACUACGUGGGCUAUUUCUAGAAUAGGUACUGUAGCAUUUGGAACUAUGUCUAUGUUUGAAACAUAAUCAAAUGUAUAGAGAUAAGGCAGUGUAGAUGAGGACUUGCUACUGAUGUACAUGAAUAGCUGAGUAAAUAAUGUGUCGUGGUGCAUGUUUGAAGAGAAUCAGCAUUGACUAAUGAUCACUAUUUUUUUGUAGAAAAAGAAGAAAUAACUGUAAAAUGAAUCCCUAUAUAAUUUCAACCAUCUUGAUAUUUAUCAACACAUGGAUAGCAGUUGGGAGUAGAGAAUGACAUGGAGAUUUGCAGCCAAGAUAGUCCUUUUUAUUACAAAUAAAGGGCUCUUCGACCUCCUCGACUGUUGUCCACAAGCCGGCCGCCUCUGCUGAUGAUCCCGUUCCACCCUAUAACACAGCGAGGCUAUCUUGUUAUCAGUUCUCCUAUGCAUUUCGGGUGAAUCCAGUUACAUAGGGAAAUGACACACAUGCAUUUGAGGAAAAGCUUGCAGAGGAUGAGAUGUGUAUGAGCAUAUGGGGUCAAGAAAAUAUCCGAAAUGGAAAAGCAGACCAGGUUGUAGCUUCAAAUUUGAAGAGAGAUAUCUCGGAAGAUUGCCUCAAGACAUUUGUUGGGGUUGUUAAAUGAUUUCUGCAUCCUGAUCCGAUGAAACGAAUCACAGUGAGUCAUGUUGUGGCGCAGCUUGAGUUAGCCCUUGAACAGCAGGAGAGGAACGGGACAGCAACACAAAUAUCACAAUAUUGGCCAUGUGGAUCAACACCAAAGGAUGAAAACGAGGUCAAAGUUGAUAAGCUGUCAAAGGCCUUUCCUGCCACUGCCAUGAAAGAAGAUGAUGUCCCUUUCGUUUUAUUAGGUGAAACUAAGGACAUUGUUGAUAAUUGCUUUAGUCCCUCGUAUAAUGAAUUCGCAGGAAUCCUGAAAAUGGAGAGGAUCCACUACAUGCC